UGGCGGCCCGAGCAAACAUGUCAGAUUACGAGAUUAGCGUUGAAAAUAAUGAUAUUGAACAAGAACAAGACGCGAUGUCGAAGAGCUCAGAAGAACCGCUUGGAAAUGUCUCGGACUAUGUCGCCGAACCAGUUGGCUACAAUGGCGAGAGUCGAAAAGGAAUCUUAAUUUUUGAUGCAAACUUUGAAAGCGGCAACCUUGGUCGUGUCGAUUUGAUAAAUGAUUUCGAGUACGAUCUGUUCGUUCGCCCGGACACUUGUAAUGCAAGGUUCCGAGUCUGGUUUAACUUCACCGUCAAGAAUGUCUCCGCUUACCAGCGAGUCAUCUUCAACGUCGUCAACUUCAGUAAAACGAAAAGUUUAUAUCGCGAAGGCAUGACUCCUGUUGUGAAAUCAUCCAGUAGACCGAAAUGGCAAAGAAUUCCGUCGAAAAACGUGUUUUAUUAUCGAUGUCCUGAUCAUCGCAAGAACUACGUUAUGUCCUUCGCGUUCUGUUUUGAUAAGGACGAGGAUAUUUAUCAGUUCGCUUACUCCUACCCCUACACGUACACCCGACUGCAGAAAUAUUUGAAUCAAUUGCAGAAACGCGGCUUGGAUUAUGUUCAGAGGGAGCAACUGUGUCUUUCAGUUCAGCAGAGGAAGGUCGAUCUUUUGACGAUAACGUCGAAGGACAACGAUGCCAACCGAAGGAAGAAAGUUGUCUUUUUUUCAGCAAGAGUGCAUCCAGGUGAAACACCAGCGUCUUUCGUGUGUCAAGGUAUCAUCGAUUUCUUAGUAAGCCAACACCCGAUGGCCAAAGUCCUCCGAGAUUACAUCAUCUUUAAAAUCGUGCCAAUGUUAAACCCAGACGGGGUGGUGUUAGGCAACUAUCGUUCGUCGUUGAUGGGCUUCGACCUAAACCGUCACUGGAACGAGCCGACAGUCUGGGCUCACCCCAGUAUUUCCGCGGCCAAAGACGUCAUCAUGGCCUUGGAUGAAAACACGAAUGUUGACUUGGAUUUCUUUAUCGAUAUUCACGCUCAUUCGACGCUAAACAACUGCUUCAUGUACGGGAAUCUUUACGACAACGAAGAGAGAUUUGAGCGGCAAAUGGUGUUCCCCAGGCUUCUUUAUGGCAACGCGGCUGAUUUCUCGAUGGCCAGCACCUCGUUUAAUCGUGACGCAAUCAAAGCAGGCACUGGCAGGCGUUUCCUAGGAAACGCUUUGAAUCCCCGAGCGCACUGCUACACACUGGAGGUAUCCUUUGCUAGCUAUAUCACGGGAUAUGGACAGGUAAAUACGCCCUACACGGAGGAUUCCUAUCACCGGUUAGGACGGAAUGUCGCCAGAACGUUUCUGGACUUUUACAAAUUAGAUUCGCCUGGGUUGAGCGCGCGUUUGAAGCAGUCGUAUGUCACAAGAGGAAAACACUCUUCAGAGGACGAGUCGUGUUCUUCCUUGGAUCAAAAUAAAAGAAAAAUCCACAGCGAACCUAGAGUAGCCACCACCACCUCCUUAAACAGAGAAAGCUCAGGUUCAUCUGUGGACUCCAGUGGACCCACUCCGUUAAGACUAACUCACAGGAUGAAGUAGAAUGUCGACUUUUUUAUGUCAAAAACGAAUUUAAUAUCUGGCUUAUUUAAAUAUAUAUAAUUAUCUAUUUAAAAACUAUACUUUUUUAAACAUUGUUGUAAAAGUUAUUUGAUAUUUAUCAUGGAAUUAAUUUAAAAGAAAUUCUGUCGAUUUCUUGUUAGUAUUUUUGGUGCAAAUGUAAUGUGUGUUGGUUUGAGUAGGAAUGACCAGAAGAUAUUUUAAACGUGGUUCUGGUCCAGUGUUUUGGUAGUAUUCUAUUUGUGAACUGAAGACAUUGAGUUGUUGGUAAAAAAAACUGAGUCAAUCUCUGGCUAAGUUAAAUAUAAAAACUAUUUAUUUAAU